AUGGUGGCCCCCUUGCCAGUGGUGGCUGUUUACAUAAAGGAGUCCUGGUGGCCCACUGAAGACGUCCUACGAACCUCUGAUGCUGCUAGAGAAGGUCUGAUGAAGGUUCAGUCAUUUGGGGAAAGGAUUGUGCUUUUCAUUCUAAACGUCGUUAUUUUUGGAAGAUUGGAGAGAAAUUUGGAAGACGGUGACAUGUUUUUUUUACCUCACUCUGUGAAGGAGCAAGCAAAGAUUCUGUGGCGGGAUGGAUCAGCUGUUGGAUUUUACACAACCAAAAGGAAAGGCAGCCUGUGUGGUGAUGGCACAGGUGCGUGCUACCUGCUGCCUGUCUUCGACACCGUGUUUGUCAGGAGGAUGUACCGUCGCCAAGGCCUGGGCAUGGCCAUGCUGCAGGACUUCUGUGAGACAUUCCAAGAGGAUGAGGCCCUGGGCGUCAGUUGGCCAAUUUCUCCUGCCAUGUACCAAGCUCACCCAGGAAAUGCCAAGGAGGAUGUGAGCAGUCAAGGGCGGACGUCUCCAGAUGAUGGACCCAGACAGUGCGAAGAAGGCAAGAAGUGGAAAAAGGGGCUCAUUGAUGGCCUCCGAGGCCACUGA